GGUGGGAAUUUAGUUCAAGAGCCUCCUCACGACAAGACCUACUAAACGCUGAGUAAAGUUUAUUGUCUUUUAAAGUUUUCGCACAGUUUUGCAUCAUCAUUUAGAUCAACUAGUCAUAUACAUACACAUUGCACAUAUGUAAGUACUACACAGUUACCAAUCACCACCAAUGAAAUGUCAGUUAUUAUAUAUAUCUAUAUUAUAUGGCCGUGAACAUCUGAGAUUGAGAUGGUUUUGGAUUUUUCAUAUGGCUCAUAGGUGAUGAUAAAAAAUACAUAUCGUGUGUGCGCAAGAAAUCCAUUGAUUAUCAGUCAGAGAUAACAAAAUGCACAACCUCACUAAUCAUCACUUUCUGUUUAUCAUCUCACUGAAUUAGAAAAAUCGCAAGUAGUAAUUCAACGUCUGUGUUUUAUGUGCGAAUGAGUAAUAAUUAUUACAAUAAUAAUAAUAAAUAAAAAUUACAAUAAUUAUAAUUAUAAUAAUAAAUAGAAUAGGAGAUAAAUAAUAAAUAAGAGUAAAAGGUAAAAUUGUCAGUUAUAACGACCAACGUGUUACGACACGUCCAGCAAACGACAAAAAGUAAAAAAAAAACUGAGGCUAAAAGAGAGCAAAGUGAUGGGAAGAUGGUGAAAAAGUACUACGGUCACUGGCAUGGGUUCGCAAUCGUUAGAAAUAUUGAGACAAGGUGUCUGGGCGAGCUUGACAGGAGGCUGGUUUUACGAUCCACAUCUAGAUGUUUUUUCAAAUACAUUUCAUCUUUACGUAUGGCUCUUCUUACUGUGUUUUCCCUUUACUAUUUAUCUCUUUUUACCUCCCACGUUUUACGUUUGGUUGGCAUACUGCGCAUCUAUCUUGAUGCUAUUUGGAACAAUAAAAUGUGUGAAUCAUGCACUUCAUUGUGUUUACGACACGAGCGAGUACCUGGAAGAACCGGGACCAUGUGUAAGCCAAAAGAAGUCAGAGAGCGAAAAGCAACGUGCGGCUCGUAGUAAAUGCCAGGAUCGGUGUUCAGAUCAAGCUGAUCUUGGCAUUGAAUUGCAAGUAUUAAAUGGGAAAACUGAUACACCUCCUGUAGAAUGUUCAUCGAGAAAUUCAUACAUCGAACAAAAUGCACCGAGUGCUGACGCCGAUAGUAUUACUUCGGACUAUAAUCGUGAUAAACCAAAUUCUACGAUAGAUUUAAAGGUUGAAAUUCAUCGAAAAAAUAGCUCGGAAAGUUCUGAAGAAGCACAACAGUUGAGUAAACCAACUGUGACUAGUAUAAAUGUCCAAGACGCUGAAUUAGUUUCUACGCAAGAACGUGAACCAAGACUGAGAACUAAAAUUAAUGAUUGGCGAUCAACACAUCAAACGUGUGUUGUACAAAUAAAAGAUCGUCCGGGUACACGUAAAUUGUGUAGACAUGCAUCUGAAGAUUCUCAAAGUCGGCAUACAAAUCAGGGAACACUCGGCAAAACUGGGUCUGAAAGUCGUAUUAAACAGACAAGUUCUCUGGAAUUGGAGCAACAUGGCGAAGACUAUCCUUAUUGGAAGUCUAAUCAAAGUGUUCGUCGACUUGCAUCUAACUCUAUACCCAUGGAAACUCAUCUUACAACAGAUCAUCCUCAGAGUUUAGAGACUAUUUCAAAGAAAAAAGAUUUGGAUAAAAUAAAAAUGCCCUCACAUCCACAGUCACUGGAGGUGAUAGCGAAAAAACUUCAUCAACAGCUAGUGCAUCCUCAGAGUUUAGAAACAAUUGGUGCUACUAGUAAAAAUGUAGAUGCUUCUGACGACAAUAAUUUACCUCUUCAUCCUCAGAGUUUAGAAACAAUAAAUACUAAGAAGAUAUUACCACAAAAUACUUUAAAAAGAAAUCAACUUCAACUAUUACCGUAUUUAAGUUACGGUUCUGAAAUAGUUCAUCCAAUAGCCGAACAAAGUGACGAACAAUUUGCUAAUGAUAGCGCCGGGGGUUAUAGUCUUAGAGAUUCUUACAGUCCUUUACUUACAAGAAAAACAAUAGGUGAUAGUAGUACCUGCUCUAAUCGCGACCGAAGCUUAAGUGCCGGUGGUUUCGAUGAUAGAUUUUCUAGAUUUAAUGGGGAAAUAGCAAUAGAUAAUGACUCAGCAAAUUCGCGAGAAGCUCUUCUAGAUAAAGGAAAGUCAUCGUUUAGUCGAAGAUUUAGUAAUGGCAGUCAAAGUAGUCAUGAUUUGUCAGAUGGCGAUAGAAGAAAAGAAAUACACGAGGAUACUGUUAAUAGGGUUGAUGAUCUCGUUAACUCUGGCAGUAUCGUCGGGCUUGAUUGGCUGUUUGAGAAUGAUGAGUGUACUGCUGAGUCUUGGGCCAAUAAAGAUUUUCACUCAAAAGAACCAGACUCUGGAUCUUCAAGUACAACAACAUUGAGUAUUGACAACGAAGUUAGAAAAACUCUGUUACCUUUGCCAAGUGCGACAGACAGUAAACGUCAUCAAGGAGCGAUACCGAAGCAGAACCGUCCAAAAGCAUGUCCAGAAAUAUUAAAUAAUUCAUUAAAUGUCUGUUCAUCAUUGGAAGCUUCAGCAAAUAAACCACGACGGACAAUUGAGUCGCGCCGUGACCGUGAUAGAAAACAAACAAAAGAUAAUAGUCAAUUUGAGCAGGCCAGUUCAAACAACGAAUUAAGUACUUUACUUUCAAAUCCCGCGCCUCCAUUACUGGCAGCUCUGCUUAAAUCAGAUACACAAGUUAGUGAAUCAAAUGCUCCUGAUAAUCCCCCGGCUGCUGUACGGAUUGAAAUUCCAGUGCCCAAUAUAUCAAGGAGAGACAGAACUAGAAGACUGAAACGUCAACGAGUUUAUCGUAGACCGAGGCAUGAAGAUAACUUGGGUGUUUUUACAGCUCUCGAAGGCUUGAUAUCCAAUGGAGACUAUCAUAUUGCAACAAAUCAUAAUGAUACGAGUGAAGGUGCCAUUCAUUAUUUUCAUGACGACAAUGGACGUUGGUUUGCGUAUAAAUUUGAUGAAAAAGAUCCGACUUCUGCUACAACAGCGCCGAUACCAUCUGGUCUCAAUGAUAAAUUAAUAAAUUCUUUGUUACAACAGCAACAGCAUCAGCAUCAGCAACAGCAAAGUCAACAACAGCAAUUGCAUCAACCACUACAACGUCGUAUUCCUCUUGAUGGUAAUUGUCUUACUGAUUCACUAAGUAAUAGUUACAGUAGUUUAUCUUUGAAUUCAGCUGGACUAACAUUAAUUAUUGAUACUCCACCAGUGUUAUCAAGUCCUGCCAAUAAUCAAACAAAAACCCAAAAUUCAUUGCCAGCGAAUAUUGUGUCAACAAAUACGGGUGGUAAUUCAAAUGUAUUUGAUCCAGGAAUGUUAUUUGAACGUGAUUUUUUCUUUCAAAUGCGUGCGACACGUAACUGUCGGAUACAUCAUCUCUUGGAGAACAUAAAUGUAAAUUCACAGCCACCUGAAAACCAAAAUCAAAUGGUAGUACUGCCAUUACCAAAUCAUCAAGAAACUGAUAUGAACAAUAGUUUAUCAUGGAAUAGAUUUAUUGAUGGUUUAGAUGGUCCAAAUGAUUCUAAAUCAAAGCCUACAAGGCAUUAUUACAAAUGGAAAAUAGGAAAAUUUCCUCAUGUAAAAAUACGAUUUGACAGAUUAUCUUUAUUAGCUUUACUCGACCGCAAUUUAACUGUUUUAGAAACUACAAUAUCAACAAUUCUUGCAGUCACUGUUGCUGGUCUUGGAUUACAAAUCCUGCAGAAAGGAUUUUAUCGUGAUAUAUUUGCUUUUAUAUUUUGCUUUGUCACUGCUGGAUGUCAGUAUUCGUUAUUAAAAUCAGUUCAGCCUGAUGCUGCAUCACCGACACACGGUUUUAAUCGUAUAAUUGUAUUUUCACGAUCUGUUUAUUAUAUUAUCGUCUCAAGUAUAAUUCUUAUUCUCAAUGAAUCACUGCACAACUUCAAGAAUUCCGAUUUUCAAGUAUACGGUUUACGUGUAACCGACUACGAUACAAUUAAUCAAGUUAAAAAUAUAUUACUUAUAUUUUUACUGGUAUUUCCGGUCAUUUUUUCCCUUGGACUUUUUCCACAAAUAAAUACAUUUCUUAUGUACAUCUGCGAGCAUCUAGACAUCCAUCUAUUUGGCGGUACUGCUACGACUUCUCUUGUAUCAUCAAUUUACAGUCUCUCCCGCAGUAUUAUAACAGUUGCGAUUUUGUAUGGAUUCGCUUACGGUGCACUAACAGAACCGAAAUCAUCACAGCACAUUUUGUUUUCAAUUUUUGCUGGCCUACUAGUUGCCAUAUCGUAUCACUUGAGUAGGUCAUCAUCUGAUCCCAGUGUGAUAUGGGAUAUCGUCAAGACAAAUUUGUGGCCACCGGAAAUGUAUCUAGAAGAAAUGGAAGCCAAAGUUAUUGAAAAUACAUCAAGACAAGAGUCAACACCAGCUACAACUGCUACAACAAUAACGACAAAUGUCAAUAAAGAUCCUAAGGUAAGAACAACAGGAAGAAAAAAAGAUGUCAAAAUAAAAGUUGGAGAACAAGUAACAGAUUGCGAACUUGUUGAUCCACUUCCACAAAAAUUACGGAGUACCGUAAAAGCGAGACUGAAAAACGAUCUAAUAGUUUGUAUAGUUAUCGGUGUGUUAUCAUUUAUCAUCCAUUGCUCGACAAUAUUCACAGCAUUGCAGUCACAGAUUAAUGAUGUACUUUGGGGAGUAGUAAGUUGUCUUGGUUUUAUUUUGCAUUAUAUAAUACCGCAGUUAAGAAAACAAUUACCCUGGUUAUGUUUAGCAAGACCAGUAUUAAGAAGUCAUGAACACGCGCAAUUUGAAGUGCGAGAACCCGUCAAAAUAAUGUGGUAUGAAAAAAUUUAUGUUUACUUGGGUUUUAUCGAACGAAAUAUACUUUACCCAAUAGUCUUCCUGUGGGCAUUGACGGAUUGUUCGUCAAAAAUAGUCGGCAAAUUUGGCGAAAGUGUUGGCGCAUUGAUAAUUGUCGUCUGUGGAUUAAAAUCACUCAGGUCAGCUUAUGCAGAUCCGUCGUCACGUUAUUUAGUGCUGGCGUUUUCACUGUUGUUUUUUCAGUAUGACUAUCGUGAUUUAAGCGAAACAUUUCUCGUGGAUUACUUCGUAAUAGCAAUAGCGUACGCUAAAAUUCAUGAGUUAUUAUUGAAGAUACGUUUUGUCGUUACUUAUAUUGCGCCUUGGCAAGUAACAUGGGGGAGUGCAUUCCAUGCAUUUGCGCAGCCUUUUUCAGUCCCACACUCGGCGAUGCUUUUUCUUCAGGCAACAAUUUCAGCUAUACUCAGCACACCAUUAAAUCCGUUACUAGGCAGUGCGAUAUUCAUAUGUUCUUAUGUAAGACCAUUAAAAUUUUGGGAACGUGACUAUAAAACACGUCGAGUUGAUCAUUCAAACACACGCAUGUCGUCACAUUUAGAACGCAAUCUUGGCGCUGAUGACAAUAAUCUCAACUCAAUAUUUUACGAACAACUGACGCGAUCUCUUCAGCACAGCCUCUAUGGUGAUUUAGCCCUUGGAAGAUGGGGUAAUGUUGAACAGGGCGAUUGUUUUUUACUGGCAUCGGACUACCUCAAUUGUCUUGUUCAUGUUAUACAAUUAGCCAAUGGUCUAGUGACUUUUCAAUUACGUGGGCUUGAAUUCCGCGGGACUUAUUGCCAGCAGCGUGAAGUUGAAGCGAUAUCUGAAAGUAUUGAGGAAAAUGACAACUGCUGUUGCUGCGAAAUGGGACAUUUUUCAAAUGUACUGAGUAUGAAUGCGGCAUUUGGACAAAGAUGGCUCGCAUGGGAAGUUGCCAGUGCUAAAUAUGUACUUGAGGGAUACUCAAUAUCUGAUAAUUCUGCGGGUUCAAUGCUUCAAGUAUUUGAUUUUCGUAAAGUACUUGUUACUUAUUAUGUCAAAAGUAUUGUUUUUUAUGUUAUUAAGUCGUUUAAAUUGAAACAAUGGCUUGACAAUACAGAUAUUACGGACGCUCUUAAACCAACAUUGGAAAAAAAUUUUGUCGACUUGGAUCCUGUUUUUAAUAUGAAUAUUGAUGAAGACUUUGAUUUUCGUGCAAGUGGUAUAUCAAGAAGUAGUUUUUGUAAUGUUUAUCUUGAUUGGAUACAAUUUUGUGCCGUAAAAGUUGAUAAAACACUUGAAAGAACACGUGAUUCUUGUCUUGUGUCACUGUGUUUAGCAUUGAGUCUUUUAGGCAGACGUGUACUUGGAGCAGCUUCUCACAAUACCGUAUCAAGUGUUGAAUUUUUUCUUUACGGUCUCCAUGCACUUUUCAAAGGUGACUUUAGAAUAACAUCAAUACGCGAUGAAUGGGUACUGCAUGACGUUGAUUUGCUAAAAAGUGUUGUCGCUAAAGGUGUUCGGAUGGCGUUAAAAUUACAUCAAGAUCAUUUUAUGAGUCCUGAACAAUACGACGAUCCUGCAGCGUUGUAUGAAGCAAUCGAUAAUCAUGACCGUCAUUUAGUUAUCAGCCAUGAAGCUGAUCCUCUGUGGCGUAAUGCUGUACUGAGUGGAGCACCAAGUCUUCUAGCAUUGCGGCAUGUUGUUGAUGAUGGCAUUGAUGAAUACAAAGUUAUAAUGCUGAAUAAACGUUUUUUGAGUUUUCGUGUUAUCAAGAUGAAUCGUGAGUGCGUACGUGGACUGUGGGCUGGUCAACAGCAAGAAUUAGUUUAUUUGAGAAAUCGUAAUCCAGAAAGAGGAUCAAUACAAAAUGCUAAACAAGCAUUGCGAAAUAUUAUUAAUAGUUCCUGUGAUCAGCCGAUUGGAUAUCCUAUUUAUGUGUCACCGCUUACUACUAGUUAUGCUGAAACAAAUGAACAGCUUUGUUCUAUUGUUGGUGGACCAUUUAGUUUAAAUACCAUUAAAAAUAAUGUACUAAAAUUAUGGAGAAAAGUUAGAAGAAGAUGUGGCGAAGGAUGUUCUUCUGGUGGUACUGGAUCUCAAGACGACGGUGGAUUUGGUAAUGACGGCGUUUAUGCAAUGACUACUUACAAUAUCCAUUCUGGAUACAGUCAAUCUGGUCACAAUACCUCGGGAUCUCAAUCGAUGGACUCUGGAUGCCAAAUAGGGGGAUCAACAGGUCGUGGAUCAUUAGGCAGAGCAAAUACAGGUUCACUAGGUGGUAAUCGCGGAUCGCUGGCGUCUGUUGGUAAACCAACAAGUUCAACUCUAGCUAGUCUUGCUGGUUUAUUGAGUAACAACGAUAUUAAAACAGAAUCUAAAUGCGAAACAAGUUUUUCUGGUAAAGACAAAGAAGAAAUAUCACAACGAGUAAGAAUAAUGGAUCCAAAUCAAGUGUACGAUGCUAUUAAUCUCGGCAGACGUAUCGAUGUUAUUUGGCCAGAUGAAAAAAUGCGACAACAAGGUGGUAGGUCAGGCUGGCAACAUUGGGUGCCUGAAAGAGGUAUGGAGGGCUGUGUUGUUCACCGAUGGUUGCCUAACCAUCGUGAUCCAAAUCGACGUUCACACGUCGACAAAGUUAUUUUACUUGUAAAAAUAGAUGAUAAAUUUGUGCCGAUUGCCGAACAAGGUGUUAGAGAUUUAGGUGCUGAAGUUUAGUUUCACUACAUGACAAAUAUCUUGUUGUUCUUCCAGGGAUCUUAAUUAUUUCUUAGCAAAAACAAAAACAAAAACAAGGUUGAUGUACAGAAAAAAAAACAAAAUGUGUGAUUAUUAAUUAGUGAUAAACAUUGUUUAGUUACAAUGUAUCGACAUUUUUUUUUUUACGAGACAGCACGAUUUUGCUGAACUCGUUAUUAUACCAAACGCAUUGUAAUAUACUGUAAUAUAAUAAUGUAUGUUAUUAAAAAUGAAUGAAGAUUAUCAUCGUUGCUUAUCAACAAUACGAUAUUGCUUAAUAAUAAUAAUAUUUGUAUAUAAAUGUAUAGUAAAAAAUACUCUUCGUUGUGAUUGAUUAUUAAAAUAUUUUUGUUGGAUUUAAUUCAAGAGAAUACGACGAUAAUAUAUGAGUAUUUAUAUUGUGUAAAAACAAAAUAUGCUAAAUAAUACGAUUAUUAAUAUUUGUAAAUAACGUAAUUCGUGUUUUUCUACAUUUUGUUACAUUUUUUUAAAAAAAAGACUAUAUUAAUAAAUAAUAAGCUGUAAAUAGCCAUUAAAACUUAUAUAUGCAUUAAAGAUGAUAAUAUAAUGGUUAAAUAUUAAAUAGUGAGAAGUAAAAUAAUAAAAGAGAGAGGAAGAAAAAGUAAGAGAGAAGCCCAGGUUUAAAAAUAUAAAAAAUAAAAUAGAAAAAUAUCUUCUCGAAGGAAGACAUAUCUAUUAAAUCAGACGCUUAUUUUAUCUGUUAAAAUCAUUGUCAUUACUGUAAUCAAAUGUUAAUUUAACUUUUAUUAAUAAUUAUAGUACCCGUUAUUUUUUUAUACAUAUAUAUCGUGUUAGCUUUUUUUUUUUAUUUCAAUUAAUCAAAAGCUCAAUCUCACAAUUAUUGUUUACUUAAUUUUAUAAAAAAAUAUUGAAUUUAUUUUGUAAAUAAUAAUAAUUUACUUUUAUUAAUUAUUGGUACUAGAAAAAUUGUGUAUCGUUUUAAUUGGAGAUGAAAAUUUUUAAAAAAUAAUUUGUUCGAUAAUUUAAAAUAAAAUCAGUAAAUCACAGCAUUGCCUUAUCAAGGUGUCACAAGUAACACCUGACUGAUAAUAAAAAAGAAAAAAAUAAUCCUUAGCUAGUCUCAAUUGUUGGUAAAGCCGGUAUUUAAAUUAUUUAAUGACAAAAAAUAAUAAUAAAAACUGUUGAUAAAUUUUAUUAAUUAAUUAAAAGAAGAGAAACAGUCAAGUAAAGAAUUGUAUAGUUGUUUUAUCGGCCUAUUUCUCUUCUAUUUUAAUCAUUAAAUUUUUCUCAUUAAAUAAUAAUUGUAAUAAUAAAUUAUUAUUUAAAUUUAAAAAAAUUGUGUAAUAAAUUUUUAAUUAUUAAAAUUUAUGAAAGUCUCAAUUUAAACAAUUAAACAAUUUUGUGCAAUCUGUUACCUAUAUUUAUAUAAUAAACGCUUCUUUAAAGCACAUCGAUUAAACAAGUUACACAUUUAAAUAUUAUGACACUUUUUAAUGACAAAAGUAUUCUGUAAAUUAAAAUAAUUGUCAAAUGCUUAUUAAUUAUUAUAAUUAUAUUAUUAUAAAUAAAACCAGAAAAUGUCUUUGAUACAUUAAAUAAUUGAUAAUGUACAGAUGAACAAAAGUAAUAGAUUUAAACCAAAUAAAUAAUAUUGUAAUAUUAAUUUAAUUAUUAAAGAGCAUGAAUGAAAUAAAAUU